AGCAAAAUGUCUACCAGCCGCCGCUUGGCCAAACGCUCAAUCAUUGGCACCAAGGUGUGCGCACCUGGCCCCGACGGCCUCUGGUACUCGGGCGUUAUACAGGACGUUAAGACACCCACGUCAAUGUCCGCCACGCCCGAUCCGAUGCCGCCGCCCACCAUUUUGACGCCAGGCGAUGCCCAACUGAAUGCCGACACUCGCUAUAUGGUACGCUUCGAUUUUAAGACCCAAUCGCUACCAGCCGCGUCUGCAAACGCGUCCGUGUCCUCGUCCUCGUCCUCGUCCCCGUCCUCGUCCUCCUCCUCGUUCUCGGCCUCAUCCUCGGAAUCGGUUAUUGUGGAGACGCGACGCGCCGCUGCCGCCGCCAACGUGCACAUCAGUCCGGCCCAGGCAUUACGACGUAACGCCAUGAUCAAGGAGUUCCGCGAAUCGGAUCUCAUCGGACCCGGCUUCCGAUCCAUUAUGAGCAUUCACUUGCAGCCCGGCCAGCGCAUCUUUCUCACCUACAAUGGACGCGAACAGAGCGGCGAUGUGGUCUAUCAUGAUGUCGCCAAAGAUGAGGUUCUGGUCAAGAUAACCACAGUUGGAAAUGAGGAACCCAUUGAGCUGAAGAAGCGUUUGGAGGAGGUGCGUCUGCUGGAGUCUCGGCGCUCCGCUCGUCUGGCCGAUCAGGAUCGGGACACGGACUUCGCUCGACUGGCCGACAUGGGAGGCGAUCGUCGCCGUACCACACACAGUAUUGAGGUGCCAUUGACGCAGACGCCGCCGAACAACUCACGGAAGCGUCCGCCCAGCGACACCUAUGAUUGCAGCAGCGAUCAAUGCAAAGUCGACGGGAUGAGCGAAUGCAAUGCAGCAUUGAUUUUGAUGAAUCUACACAACUCGCCGAAUACCGUUACAGACAAAUGGCUGGGCUCCAGUCCGGGCAGCAGCUCGUCAGCCUCCUGGAGCUCCGGCUCGGCCUCGCCGCCGCUGAGCGAUGAUGGAAAUGCGCUGCACGGCCACAUCAUCUUGUCGCCACAUGAUGCGGCCAAUGCAUCGGCCAAUGCACGCAUACGCACAACCUCGGUGUCCACAUCGGACGAGGGCAUUGUCAUCGACUUCAAGGAGGAGCGCAAGAAGAAGGUGAGUGCCUGCCACGCCGCAUUGCCACACUGCUCGGCAUCCCGACUCUACCAAAUGCCGCAUGCCUCCAAGAAAUUCCGUUGCACCUGGAAGGGAUGCGACAUUGUGGAGCCCACACAGAUGAAAAUCGAGCGACACGUGCGGGACAUUCAUUUGCGCAAAAAGGCCAGACGCUCCGGCGAAUAUGAUUCCUGCAGUGAUAAUGAGCACGAAGAGGAAUUCUAUUACACAGAAGACGACGACGAUGACGAGUUGGUCAAAACGCCUAGUCCUGCAUCUCCACCCACGCUCAGCCACCGGGACAUGGCGCGUCCACCGCACGAGGAUCCAGAAUACCAAAGACAGAUCGUUGGCAACUUCAAACAAGGACGCGCUAUGAAUAGCUAUCCCCACCUCACACAGCAGGCACAUCAGCAACAUCACAGCAGCAGCAACAGUAGUGGCCACAUCACAAACAUCCAGCAUCAGCAGCUGCAGAGCAACAACACCAGCUGUAUACCGACAUCGCCGCUGGCGCAUCACAAUUAUACUUGGGCAUCCAAUGGUGCGAUCACAGUGAGCGCAUCCUCGACGAACCACCACCACAGCAGCAAUAGCAGCAUCAACAGCGGCAGCAGCAGCAAUAGCAGCUCGACGACACUCGGCAAACAUGCUCGGCCUUCGUCGUCGCGUCCGUCCCACUCGACAGCGCCAUAUCCAUCGCCGACCAUCGUCCUUCACCACCAUCACAAUUACAGCAACAGCAGCAUUGGCAGCACCGCCAGUAACAGCAGCAGCAGCAGUAGCAACAGCAGUCCGGUAAUACACAGCAACAGCAGUGCCAACAACAUGUUACAGCAAUUGUCGCAGCAGAAUGUCACGGUGACGGCGCACCACACUCACAAUAGCAGUGGGCAGCACCACCAGCAACAACACCACCUGUCUAGCGUGACAAUCACGCCCAACUACCAUCCGCCGCAGCAGCAGCAACAGCAGCAGCAGCUCCAACAGCCGCAGCAGCAACAGCAGCAGCAUUUGCGCGGCCAGCAACAGACAACUGCCAGCAACAAUCUGGUUGCCAAUUCCGGCCAGCACAUGCAGCUCCAGCAUGUGGCCGUGCAGCAAGUCGUGACCGCAGCCAGGAACACGCCCAACUCAUCGAACCGACGCACACGCGGCGAGAAUAAGAAAUGCCGCAAGGUCUAUGGCAUGGAACGCCGCGACCAAUGGUGCACUCAAUGCCGAUGGAAGAAGGCUUGCAGUCGCUUCGGCGACUGAAAACGACAGAAAGCGUCGACCGAAGCGGCUCAGGCCCAGGCGUCGGCGAUGCUGCGGCAAGGCGAAACAUAUAAAGCAGGAGCAGCGGCAACGGCAACAUCAACAGCCACAUCAACAGCAGCAGCAGUAACAUCAACAGCAGCAACAUCCACAACGACAGCAGCAACAGCUGCCGCUAAAUUGACAACAGUGGUGCGUUUGGCCGCCGAAGUGGCGGUUGGCAAACAGCUGCCAGCUUCACUGACUAUUAAAACACACAAACGGUAUGGCGUACAUCACAUACAGCCAUACAACAUCAGCCAAUACAGCAACCACGCCAACAACAAUGUCAAUCGAUUGCCGCGUGUUAAGAGUGUUGCUACUUCGGUGAUUGUAUCACCCGCUGCAGUUGUGGCCAAACCGUUGCCCACGACCCCGACCUCGACCACGACCACGCCACCCACCGCCAACAGCAAUAAUAAUAAUAAUAAUAAUGACGACGCAGCUGUUAACGACGUUGUUGACGAU